AUGGGGUGCUUCGCCUUCAAGAGCGGCAAGAACAAGGCCGAGAAGCAGCAGCGACGGCCCAAGUCGCCGGUGCCGGCAACGGACGGCACUGGGCCGACGAGCAAGGCCUCGUCAGGGUCGACGCCGACGCGGAGCAUCCAGGAACUGUCGGAGGAGAGGGGCGCGGCGCGGCUGCGGGCGUUCGGGCUGGAGGAGCUCGGCAGCGCCACCAACGGCUUCAGCCGCUCGCUCAAGGUCGGCGAGGGCGGCUUCGGCUCCGUCUACCGCGCCUUCUUCCGCUCCGCCGCCGGCGGCCGCGUCGUGCUCGCCGUCAAGCGCCUCAACCAGCGCAGCCUGCAGGGUCACAAGCAGUGGCUUGCCGAAGUCCAGUUCUUGGGUGUGCUCGAGCACCCGAACCUGGUGAAGCUCGUCGGCUACUGCGCGGUGGACUCCGACGCCGGCAACCACCGGCUGCUCGUCUACGAGUUCAUGCCCAACAAGACCCUGGACGACCAUCUCUUCAGCCGAGCUUACCACCCGCUUCCCUGGAGGACCAGGCUGCAGAUCAUGAUCGGCGCCGCGCGGGGGCUCGACUACCUCCACCAGGGAGUCCCGGAAGUCCAGGUGAUAUACAGGGAUUUCAAGGCCUCGAACGUGCUCCUCGACGGCGAGUUCAGGCCCAAGCUGUCGGACUUCGGGCUGGCGAGGGAGGGGCCGACGGACGGGAAGACGCACGUGUCGACGGCGGUGGUGGGCACGCACGGGUACGCCGCGCCGGACUACAUCGAGACGGGGCACCUCACGGUGAAGAGCGACGUGUGGGGGUUCGGCGUCGUGCUCUACGAGAUCCUCACGGGGCGGCGGUCGCUGGACCGCAACCGGCCGGCGGAGGAGCAGAAGCUGCUGGGGUGGGUGCGGCGGCACCCGCCGGGAGGGGGCAGCUUCAGGACCAUCAUGGACCCGCGGCUGGGCGGGCGGUACCCGGUGGCUGCCGCGCGUGACACGGCGAGCCUGGCUGACCGGUGCCUUGGAAGGAACCCCAAGGAGCGGCCGUCGAUGCGGGAGGUCGCGGAGGAGCUCGAGCGGGUGUUGCAGAUGGAGCCGGCCCCGCCUUCUGCUCCGGCGACGGCCAAGAGGUGAUCGAUCGGUUGCCAUUGGCUGCACCGGUGCACGCUGACCGGCUCAACAAUACGUAG